CCGGAGCUAUUAUACGGAACCAACAACCGGAAGUCCAUGUGAAGCAGGCGGAAGUUUACUUACCCUCCCGGCGUGUGUGCGGUGUUAGAGCAGUUUAUAUUCUGUUCCGCAGUUUAACUGUUUAUUUAUAUUAGAAAAUGUCUGACAACGAAGACAAUUUUGAUGAUGGAGAUUUUGAUGAUGUGGAGGAGGAUGAAGGUUUAGACGACCUGGAAAACGUGGAGGAUGAGGAUCAGGAGAACGUACAGAUUCUCCCAGCAGGAGAAGGACAGCAGGCCAAUCAGAAGCGGAUCACUACACCGUACAUGACCAAAUAUGAGAGAGCCAGAGUGCUGGGGACCAGAGCACUACAGAUUGCGAUGUGUGCACCAGUGAUGGUGGAGUUGGAGGGAGAGACGGACCCUCUGCAGAUCGCCAUGAAGGAGCUCAAAGGCAGAAAAAUCCCCAUCAUCAUCCGGAGGUAUCUGCCUGAUGGGAGCUAUGAGGACUGGGGCUGUGACGAGCUCAUCAUCACUGACUAACACACACACACACACACACUCACUCACACACACUCACUCACACACACACUCACUCACUCACACAAACUCUCACACACACUCUCACACACACACUCACACACACACACACACACACACACACACACACACACACACACUCCUGUACAAUGGUCUGAGUGAGUGUGUGUGCAGUGACUAACUCUCUCCACUAGAGGGAGUCUCAUUUUCGUUAUUUGGUGACUUUUAGUUUGUUUUAUUAACAAUAAAUCUUUUUGUAUAAAAUA